UACCGAUCCUCCAAGUAUGAAACAUCUGAUAGUGAUUGUUUGUUUUUUUUCUCAAUUCAUAAUAGCAUUGUCGGCAAACGACGACUUUUAUGGAGAGGAAGAUUAUGAUUUAGAAUACGAUUACUUCCUCGAAAGAAACAGCCGAGAGCAGCCCAGGAAGAGUAACGUAACCAGAUUAUGCUACGAUAAGUCUACUGACAAAAUAAUAACAUGCUGGGAAACAAGAGAAAAACAUUUUGUAGAUAAACGCCGUGGUGAGAUACCACCCAUACCAUCAAUUGUAACAAACUACGUGUGCCUAGGAUGUAAAGAUCAAACAAAUAUGGAUACGAUGAAAAAGCCAAUUUUCAUUUUUCGAUCUAUUGGAAAUGGAUGCUUUCAUCAGGAAAAAUAUAAUCAAAUGGUCGGUUGCAGUAUUUGUGGGGGUGAAGGAAUAAUUAUGGACUAACACACCAGGAUACCACGCUGAUCUAAAUAAUAUUCUAAUAAACUUCGCCUACAACACUUCCUUAAUUGUUUCU